UAGGCAAAACAGAAACAGGGGUCAAAGCGAAAAAGUAAAGAAAGAACAAUAACGGAGAUCCAAAACCAGUGAGCUCUUGAGAAAGCUUGAAACUUGUGAAUUUCCGGCCAUGGCGGAAGAUCUGGUGCUAGACACGCCCAUCAGAGAUUGGGUAUUGAUCCCUCUCUCCGUGGUCAUGGUCCUCAUCGGAGUCCUACGAUACUUCGUCUCCAAGCUCAUGCGCUCCUUCCAAGUCCCCGAUCCCAAAAUCGUCAAAGAAGGGCAAGUCGUCGUUAGGGCUAGAAAUUUGCGUGCCGGCGCCAAUUUCAUACCUCCUAAAUCGUUUCGUUCUCGUAGAUUCUACUUCAGCAAUGAGGAGAAUGGGUUGCUACAUGUUCCAAAAGGUCAGUCACAGAAUGCGCAAGCAGCGCAAAUGUUUUCUGAUCCUAACAUGGCCACGGAUAUGAUGAAGAAAAACCUUUCGAUGAUUAUUCCCCAGACUCUUACUUUUGCUUGGGUCAACUUUUUCUUCUCUGGAUUUGUGGCAGCCAAAAUACCCUUUCCACUUACUCAGAGGUUCAGGUCGAUGUUACAGAAUGGGAUUGAUUUGAGCACUGUUAACGUCAGCUAUGUCAGUAGUCGGUCAUGGUACUUCCUCAAUCUAUUCGGUUUAAGAGGUUUAUUUAGUCUCAUUCUGGGAGAAGAAAAUGCUGUGGAUGACACACAACGUAUGAUGCAAAUGGGUGGAUUUGGCUUUGAUCCAACAAAGAAUCUAAGUGCUGAGAAGGACAGCAUUGACAUAAUUCAGCAUGAAUGGGCCUUACCAAAAUUUGAACAGCGAGCUGAAGCAGUAUUGAGAAAACUCGUCCACUAAACCAUUGUUUUUUGGCUGCAUGAUGGGAUUGGCCAGUGCUCGAUUCAAUCGCCUUUCCAUCCCUUUGGAUCUCUGCUGUCAUCUAGGAAGUCAGCUGGACUCUAAAAUGCUCCAAUAACAAUUAUACUCUAGCAUUUAGCACAUAAAGUUUGUUCUAAUGAUCCAAAGAAUUUCUAUUGGUUGAAUUUCUCAACUCUUUGAAUAACUGAUAUCUUGGAAGUCAUAUAGAUUUUUUGUGACAA